CACUUGAUAAUUUUGAUAAAACUAUUUGAAAGAAGGGUUUACCUACCCAUUUUUAUAUUCCCCUCCAUUAUGAACCUAAGCAUGUUAAUUUUAUUAUACUGAGAGAGAUAAACAUCAUUCGGCUACUGUUAUUCAGCAUCCUCAGCACAGACUGAAACAGAUAAACUCAAAGAACUAUGGAUACUAUAGCGAGCGUGGCAUCAAGCGUGGCUGCACCCCUGCUGCGAAACAUCACCUACGUGUUGAUGUACAGCACUUACCUGACAGAGCUGGAAGCGGAGAUUAAGAGGCUGCAGAGUGAGGAGAAGGAAGUGAGGCACACGGUUGAAGCCGCCAAAAGGGGCGGUGAAGAGAUCGAGGACACUGUGCGUGACUGGUUCGACAGAGUGCGUGCAGCUGUGGAGCAGGGGCAGGCAUUCCUUGAGGAGGAAGAGAGGGAAAGGGUAGGAUGUAUGGACGUGUACUCGAAGUACACCAACAGCCAGAGAGCGAGAACCUUGGUGGAGAUUGUGAGGGAGGUAAGGAAAGAGACGUUUGAUCGUGUUUCCUAUAGGCGUGCCUUAAGAUGCAAUGUUGGUCCAGCUGCAAGAGAGUAUGUUGCUAUUCAAUCGAGAACUGUGAUGUUGAAUGAUGUUGUGAAGAUGCUGAAGGAUGGUGGGGUGGACAUUGUUGGAGUGUAUGGAGUGGCUGGCGUGGGGAAAACUGCAAUGGUGAAGGAAUUGGCGUGGCAGGUUGAGAAGGAUGGCUUGUUUGAUGUGGUGGUGGUGGCCACCGUGACGGAUUCGCUGGAUGUGGGAAGGAUCCGCAAUGAGAUUGCUGAUGGGUUGGGGUUGAAGUUUGAUGAGCUGACGGAGCUGGGGCGAGCGAGCCGGUUGCGCCAGAGGAUUCAGCAGGAGCAGAGAAUUCUUGUGGUGUUGGAUGAUUUGUGGGGGAAGCUUGAUUUGACAAAGAUUGGUGUGCCUUUUGGUGAGGACAACAAAGGUUGCAGAUGCCAGUUGUUGGUCACAUCCAGGAAUCGUAAUGUGUUGAGUUCUAAUUUUGGGUCAGGGAAGUUUUGUAGGCUUGAGGUUUUGUCUGAUGAUGAAAGUUGGGAGUUGUUUGAGAAGAGGGCAGGGGAUGCGGUUAGGGACCCUAGCAUUCAAUCAGUGGCCGAAAAAGUAGCGAAGAGCUGUGGUGGAUUGCCACUUCUGAUAGUCACAGUGGUGGAGGAAUUGAAGAACAAGGAUUUAUAUGCUUGGAAGGAUGCGCUGGAACAGAUAACAAGUUUUGAACUUGAAGGGUGUCUUUAUUCUCCUUUGCGUUCUGCUAUUGAGCUGAGUUACGACCAUUUGGAAAGUCAGGAACUAAAAACUUUCUUCCUGCUUUUGGGUUCCAUGGGAAAUGGUUGUAGCACAAGAGAUUUGUUGGUGUUUGGUUGGUGCCUGGGACUGCACAAACAAGUUGACUCAUUGGCGGAUGGGAGAAACAGACUCUACAAAUUGAUAGACAACCUGAGAGCUGCUUGUUUGUUACUUGAUGAGGGGAAAAGAGAUUCUGUCGUGGCGCUUGAGGUGGUUCGACAUGUGGCUAACUCUAUUGCGACAAGGGUCAAACCUUUCUUUACUGUGCAGAGAAACAAGGAAUUUAAGUGGCCCAGAAUGGAUUUCUUAAGAAGUUGUCAUCAUAUUUUCUUAGAUUGGUGUUAUAUCCGCGAACUUCCUGAGGUGUUAGAAUGUCCCAAGUUGAAGAUACUCCAAAUAAAUAGUAAAGGAAACUAUUUGAAAAUCCCUGAUGAGUUCUUUGUUCAUAUGAAAGAGUUGAAGGUGCUGAGUUUAGGAGGACUAAAUUGUACUCCAUCGCUCCCUCCGUCUCUCAGCCUCUUGACAGACCUCCAAGCAUUGUAUCUGUGUGAGUGCAAGCUGGAAGACAUAGCUACUGUCGGGGAAAUUACAAGUUUAGAGAUUCUCAACUUAGAAAAAUCUGAGCUUAAAGAGCUUCCGGCAAAAAUAGGCGGGUUAAGUAAUCUUCGGUUGCUAGAUUUGACCGAUUGCCCAACACUAGGAGGAAUUCCUGGCAACGUGAUUUCGAGGUUGACAAGCUUGGAAGAGCUUUACAUGGGAAACUGUGAUGUUCAAUUGGAGGCUAAGGAAAGCAAAAGCCAAAACAAUGAUUCGAGUCUAAGUGAGUUAAAGCAUUUGAACCAAGUAACAAUUUUGAAUGUCCAGAUAGAAGAUACUUCAGUUUUCCCAAGAGACAUGCUUAGCUUUGGGAGACUAGAAAGCUACAAGAUUUUGAUUGGGGAUGGUUGGAAAUGGUCUGCGGUGGAGUCUGAGAAUUACAAAACUUCAAGACUUCUGAAGUUAAAUUCGGGUGCAGACCCAACCAUUCUAAAGGACUAUGGGAUAAAGAUGUUGAUGAAUAAGGCUGAAGAGUUGUAUUUAGCUGAACUCAAAGGUGUUCGAGAAGUACUCUACGAAUUGAAUGAUGAAGGGUUUUCGCAAUUGAAGCAUCUCUGCAUCCUAAACUGUGCUGAAAUGGAGAGCAUUAUUGGACCAACGGAGUGGGCUUAUAGUGAUCAUGCCUUCCCAAACUUGGAAUCAUUGAUCCUUCACAAUCUGAUUAACAUGGAGAGGAUAUGCAGUGACCCCCUUCCAGCACAGGCCUUUAGGAAACUACAAGUUAUCAAAGUAAAGGAUUGUGAUAGGAUGGAGUUUGUUUUCUCGCAUUCCAUGGUUAAACACCUUUCUGAACUUGUUGAGAUUGAGAUUUCUGAAUGCAAAUCUAUGACCAAUAUCUUAUCUGGGCAAAGACAAGAGGAUGCUGAUGCUGGACAAACCAACAUGAUCAGGCUCAUCAACUUGCGUUCACUUACUCUACAAUGCUUACCUUCCCUUGUUAGUCUCUCUCCUGACUCAAGUACUGAGGCUUCUGAAAACGGCAAUGGUUUCUCCAGUCAACUUUUUAGUAACAAGGUUGAAUUUCCGAACCUGGAGACCCUGAAGCUGUAUUCAAUCAAUAUCCACAUGAUAUGGAUUAAUCACCAUCAUUCUUACUUUGAAAACUUGACCUCUUUGACAGUAGAUGGAUGUGAACGGUUGACAUAUAUUUUCUCAUACCCUGUGGCUGUAAAACUUGUCAAGCUUCAACAUCUUUUACUUAGUUCAUGCAAAUUCGUAGAAAAGAUAUUUGUGCCGGAUGAAAACUUGGGUCACAUUCAUCAUUUUAGAAAAUCCACUCAAACAGAAUUGGUUCCAAUUUUCCCCAACCUGGAGACAUUUGUGAUUUCUCAGAUGGAUAAUUUGAAGGCAAUAUGGCCAGCCCUACUCCCUCAAAAUUCGUUUUGUAAACUGAAAAAGAUGGAAAUCACAUCCUGCAACAAUCUCUUGAAUGUGUUCCCAUGUCAUGUGCUAGACAAAUUACAAAGCCUGGAAUCACUGAAUGUAUGGAAGUGUAUGGCAUUGGAAGUUGUAUAUGAAAUUGAUGGUAUAAACACAGAGCAAGAAGGUAGCAGUCAAGAAGGGCUAGACAUUCCACUGAGAACAUUAUCUUUGGGUAAUUUACCAAAGCUAAAGCAUUUGUGGAAUAAGGAUCCUCAAGGAAAUAUCAAAUUUCAAAACCUGUUUAUGGUACAAGCUUCUAAAUGUCAAAGUCUAGAAUAUGUGUUUCCACUGUCUCUGGCCAAAGACCUUCUGCAUCUCCAAUUCCUUGAGAUAAGUGAUUGUGGUGUAGAGGAAAUUAUUGCAAGUGAUAAGGGAGGGAUAGGGGCAGCUCUUGGGUUUGUUUUCCCAAAAUUAGUAUCCAUAAAAUUUUUUAAUUUGCCAGACCUUCGAUGCUUUUGUGAUGGAAAUCACAACCUCAGAUUUCCAUUGUUGAAUCAAUUUUUUGCUGUUGAAUGCCCAAGAAUGGAGACUUUCUCUCGGGGAAUUUUAAGGGCAUCGAUCCUUAGAAAAAUACAUUUGACUCGGAAAGGAGAUCAGUGGUACUGGCAAGGUGACCUUAAUACAACUAUAAGAAAGCUUUUCAAUAGAGAUCCCCAAACAUGAUCAAGCAUUUUAUAGAAUUCGAAGUCUAAACUAGCAAAUUCUUUGCUUGCACUUUUACCUAAUACGAAGUCGUGGUUCCACAUGAAAUCAUUGGGUGCCUUUCACAAAAAGUAAUUGGUGAUUGAUUCCUUUCACAAAGUUCUUUAGUUGUCUGAGAUGGAUUGGAAAGUGAAGUUUGAUGUUGAUUGUCUUUUCUUGCCUACUUUAUGAAUUAUGAAGUUUAGUUCUGGUGGAGCAUGUUAGGAAGUUGUGCUUUGAUGAAGGGACCGAGAUUAUCACAUGAAAAAGGCCAUGGAGAAGUAAGAGACACAGAACAUGAGGAGAAAAUUUUCUCAGUAUAUAUGGCUGUUUUGGACGUAUAGGUAAUAUAGGUGUCACAAGAAACGGCAUCACAGCGACAAGCGCUAGAAAAAUUAGAUACCAUUAUUUCAGUAGUAAUAGUACAGGAUCAUUAUGCCAGCAAAAGUUUGAGAUAUUUCUGUUCAAAAUUUCUGUACUAAUCUUAUAUCAACAUUAUACAUUAUUUUUA